GGCCGGCCGCGCGCUCCUCGCGCUGCCGGAAGUGACGUGUCCGGGCCGCGCGCGGCGGCGGCGGCGGGAGGUGAAAUGGUUUUCAUAUGCUGAACUCCAGCUUGGAUUGCCUCGUUGCUGCACGUUGAGAACUUCGUAAAAAGCAGGAAGUCAAGAUGAAGAGCAGGGUGACACAAGUAAAUCAUGGUUCCAGUCAUGACAGGAAGGAAAACUACAGUUCCCGACAUGAAAGUUCGUCUCCAGAGGACAGAAGGGACAUGGAGCGUGAUAGGUCUCGGUCUCCAUCUCCCAGGAAGAGGAGAUACUCUGAUGACAGCAGAUAUGAUGAGGAAUAUUCAAGACGGGAAUACUAUGAUGACAGAACUUCAGAUGGAAGAAGGAUGGAAAGGGGGAGAGACAGACACUAUGAGAGAUGGGAAGACAGAGAGUAUGAUCGAAGGAAGCAGAGAAGAUACUCAUCACCUGACCGCAGGAGUCCAGAGAGGUCGACAGGCCAGAGCUCACUUACUCAUGACGAGACCACCUCAAAGAAGAAGAAAGAAGAGGUGGAUCCAAUCCUCACUCGCACAGGUGGUGCAUAUAUUCCACCUGCCAAGCUCAGGAUGAUGCAAGAGCAAAUCACUGAUAAAAAUAGCUUGGCAUACCAGAGGAUGAGUUGGGAAGCCUUGAAGAAGUCAAUCAAUGGUCUUGUCAAUAAAGUGAACGUUUCUAAUAUAGAAAACAUCAUUCAUGAGCUCCUUCAGGAGAAUAUUGUUCGGGGAAGGGGAUUGCUGUCUAGAUCCAUUUUGCAAGCUCAGAGUGCCUCUCCGAUUUUCACUCAUGUUUAUGCAGCUCUUGUGGCAAUUAUCAAUUCGAAGUUUCCAAAUAUUGGUGAAUUGAUCCUCAAGAGGCUGAUACUGAAUUUUCGUAAAGGGUAUCGCAGAAAUGACAAGCAACUCUGUCUAACAUCUUCAAAAUUCGUUGCACAUUUGAUGAAUCAGAAUGUGGCUCAUGAGGUUUUAUGUUUGGAAAUGCUCACUUUGUUACUUGAAAGGCCUACUGAUGACAGUAUUGAAGUAGCAAUUGGAUUUAUUAAAGAGAGUGGGCUCAAAUUAACAGAAGUUUCUCCUAGAGGUAUUAAUGCAAUCUUUGAUCGCCUUCGACACAUUCUGCAUGAAUCUAAAAUCGAUAUGCGUGUUCAGUACAUGAUAGAAGUCAUGUUUGCUGUACGGAAGGAUGGCUUCAAGGAUCAUCCAAUCAUUCCAGAGGGAUUAGAUCUAGUGGAAGAGGAGGAUCAGUUUACUCAUAUGUUGCCAUUGGAAGAUGACUACAAUCCAGAGGAUGUUCUUAAUGUUUUCAAGAUGGAUCCGAACUUUAUGGAAAAUGAAGAGAAAUACAAAAUGCUGAAGAAAGAAAUUCUUGAUGAAGGUGACACUGAAUCUGAAGGAAAUCAAGAAGCUGGAAGUAGUGAAGAAGAUGAAGAAGAUGAUGAAGAGGAGGAUGAAGAUGGUCAGAAAGUUACUGUCCAUGACAAAACAGAAAUUAACCUGGUCUCCUUCCGUCGUACAAUUUAUCUGGCUAUACAGUCAAGCUUAGACUUUGAAGAAUGUGCUCACAAACUGCUGAAGAUGGACUUCCCUGAAAGUCAGACUAAAGAACUCUGCAAUAUGAUACUUGACUGCUGUGCUCAGCAAAGAACAUAUGAGAAAUUCUUUGGGUUACUGGCAGGGCGUUUCUGCAUGCUAAAGAAAGAAUAUAUGGAGUCCUUUGAAGCCAUUUUCAAGGAACAGUAUGAUACCAUUCAUCGUCUGGAAACCAACAAACUGAGGAAUGUGGCCAAGAUGUUUGCUCAUCUCCUGUACACUGAUUCAAUUCCCUGGAGUGUCCUUGAAUGUAUAAUAUUGAGUGAAGAAACUACCACAUCCUCCAGUAGAAUUUUUGUCAAGAUAUUCUUUCAGGAACUCAGUGAAUAUAUGGGACUUCCAAAUUUGAAUGCAAGAUUAAAAGAUGUGACACUGCAGCCUUUCUUUGAGGGAUUAAUGCCUCGGGAUAACCCAAGAAACACUCGCUUUGCCAUCAAUUUCUUCACUUCCAUUGGCCUUGGAGGACUAACGGAUGAAUUACGGGAACAUCUUAAAAAUGCACCAAAGUUGAUCAUGACACAGAAGCAAAAUGUUGAGUCAUCAGAUUCCUCCUCAUCUUCAGACACAGACUCUUCCUCAGAUUCUGAUUCUGACAGCAGCAGUAGUAGCUCAGAGUCAUCGAGCAGCAGUGACUCCUCAUCUAGCAGUGACAGCAGCAGUGACUCAGAUGUUUCUAAAGCCAAAAGGAAGAGAACGCAAAAGAAAAACAGAGAAUCUGAUAAAGUUUCCAGGAAAAAACAAGAAAGGAGAAGGAAAUCCCUUGAAAAGAAAACUGGAAGGCGGCAGCAAGAAGAAAGAAGUGAUACUGAGAGCAAAUCGGAAAGAAAUCACCGACAUUUAAGAGAAUCUCACAGGAGAGAUGAUGUUUCAAAGUACCACCACAGAGAUGAAUCCAACGGCAGAGAUGGUUACCACAGCGGAAAGGAUAGGAACCACGAAAGAAGUAAGGAUCCAGAAAAUAAACACAGUAAUUCCAAACUAAAGAAAGCAGAGAGAAGAGCUUCUGUGUCCGACGAUGAAAAUUACAGACACUGGAGCAAAGACGAUGGACAUCGUAGUAGGAAAAGAGAGAGAUCAAAAUCCCGUGAGAGAGAGCGCGGCCGUGGCAGCCCGCGGGAGGAGGAGCAGGAGGAGCGCUCCAGGAACGGCUCGGAGAGGCAGCGGGACAAGCACGGCCGCUACCCUGAGCAGCACGGGGAGCUGCAGCACAGGGAGCUGCAGCACAGGGAGCUGCAGCACAGGGAGUUGCAGCACAAGGAGCUGCAGCACAGGGAAUUGCAGCACAGGGAGCUGCAGCACAAAGAGCUGCAGCACAGGGAGUCCCGCAGGAGCGACGACAGGCACAGGGAGAACUCCCCGCACCGGCGGAAAUGAAGCCAGGCUGCUGUGGCAAUCAAGGUGCAUUUCCGAGUUGGUAGAACUGCAUUUUAAAAUCUAGUACUGAAGUUUCUUUGAAAAGAAGAUUUUGUACAAAGUGAUAGUUUGCAUUUGUAAAUUUUACCAGACUUUUUCAAAUUUUCAGUAACACUUUUUUAUAACUGUAUCAUUGAAUCUUUCUGUUAUGUUCUUUGUUUGGAAAGACAAAGCUCUUUAUUUUGUGAAUAAAACAGUAAGAUACCAGCAAAUUGGGUAUUUUGUCACUUAGUUUCAAGUAUUUGUAAUUGGGAGAUUCACAAUCUAAAAAACCAUUGGUUUUUAACUUCACUUGUUAAUUGAAAGCCAGAUGCUGAGGCUGGUGUGAUAAUAUAUGAAUUUCAGACUACAAUGUGACUGUUACAUGAGAAAACUAUAAAAUUUUCCAACAGGCAUUCUAUAUCUGCAUGUUCUUUCAACCUUGCAAACAUGAAAGCCUUUUGACCAAAAUCUUCAGGAAAUACUCAGUUGAUUUUUUAUUCUUCAAGACUUAAAUUUUGAAAACACAAUGUUGCUGUUUUAAAUGUCACAUGUGAAAGUGUGUCAGCUUGUUCUGUGACUUUUCACAGUGUUUUUUAAUAUUGUGACAUCCUGAGCUAGUUACAGUUGUGACUUUUCUGGAAAAAGGGUUGGUUUGGUUUUUAUUUUUUCAGUUAUGACUUUGAUUUCCGAACCUUAGUCUUCAGUUCUAUCCCUACAGCUGGAACAUUUAAGGAACUUCUUUACCAGUAUAUAAAAAAAAAGAAAGCAAAGCAGGAGAUGUUUCAAAUAUUUUUAGAUGUUUUGAAGUGCUCAAGUUUUUUGGAAGCAGAGUUCAGAAAAAAACAUCCCUCAGUUACUGCACCACUUUGUGAUACAAAAUUGUUCUAUAUGGGGUCAUGGGAUACAACUCACUCCAUCUUGAUUUCAUGAGAAAUGAAUCAAAAUCAUCUGGUUAAGACUAAUUAUUAAUAGUUACAGAAAAAUUUGCAAAGUCUUCAUGAUUGAAAUAGGAAAUAGUGUAGGGGCAUGGUCAGUAGGAAAGAGGUGGUAGUUGCAGAUUAUGCAGUUAUUGUUGCUGUAUGACAUUUGUUUUUUAUUUGUGACAUGGAACACAAUUGCUGGACGAAAGAACUCUCACAUUUCAUGUGUAAAUCAUAUUUCUUGUAUAAAGCAUAAGAAAUACAUUUCAGCUGUUUUAUAACAGAAAGUAGAACCAUUCCUAAGGGAAUAGAUCAGUUUUGUGUAAAUCUUGUCACAGCAUUUUUCUAAGAAAAAUGUCUAUUUUGGGUUUUUUUCUGUGUUUGACAGAAUUUAUUUCUGCAACCUUACAUGUAAAAAUGUUUUCAGUCAAAAACAUUUUCAUAGAAAAUAAAUUUAUAUUGCAGGAAAAAAAAUAUCUUGUUAAGGCACACAGCUAAAAAUACUUAGGUGGCAUCAUGUGUUGCAUGUUUAAACUGUUGGGUUUUUGCCCAACGCACAUGUCAUUUUCAAAAUGAUGUGCACAUUUUGGCAGUGUGUUAAAUCCACAAAAAUGUAAUUUAAAAUAAUGUUUUCUAAAGAGAAUUGUGCUAAUUCUUAUGCUUCUUUGAUAGCUCUGUAUGCACAGUAAUUACUGAAAAGAAUCUAUAUUCCAUAAUGAUUUAAUUACACAAGCUUACUUACUAUAUCUACAGUAAUACUUCCCUUAAUAUGGCAUGGGUUUAAUAGCCUAUAUUUUAUUGACCCAUAACAGUUAAUGAUCCAGUUAAAAAGUUUAUUAAUGACACCUUUAAUAAAUGGAAUAAAUUAAAACAAUA